CGCAAACACUCGCCUACAACGCUGCAAACCCGCGAAGCAGCGCGAAUUGACUGGACAACAAAAUCAUUGGGAGAGUGGGAAAUAUUAGGCUUGUCAAGAUGUCGGGCGAGAAGAGAGCUGCGGACCAGUCGUUUGGCAGCACACAGCUGGUCAAGAGGCAGAGAUCCAAUGGCGAUAUGAACGGAGCUCUGAUACAGAGCAAUGGCGUGGGACAAGGCGCACAAGGCCUACAAGCACCAGUGAUGGAGUUGAGCGGUCAUACGGGCGAAGUCUUCGCAGCUCGAUUCGAUCCCACAGGCGCACAUAUCGCAUCCGGCUCUAUGGACCGCAACAUCCUGCUCUGGAAUACAUCUGGCGAAUGCGCGAACUACGGCAUCCUCACAGGCCACAAAUCCGCCAUCCUCGAUCUCCACUGGUCGCGCGACAGCCAAGUCAUCUACACGGCGAGCGCAGAUAAACACGUCGCAAGCUUCAACGUCGAAACGGGAGAGCGAAUACGGAGACACGUCGGACAUGAAGAAGUUAUCAACUGUCUUGACGUGAGCAAACGAGGCGAAGAAUUUCUCGUGAGUGGAAGCGACGAUGGUUCGAUAUCGAUAUGGGAUCCGAGACAAAAAGCUGCGUUGGAUUACAUCGAAACCGAUUUUCCUGUUACGGCUGUGUGUUUGGCUGAGGCGGGAAAUGAGUUGUUCAGUGGAGGUAUUGAUAACGAGAUCAAAGUGUGGGAUCUGCGAAUGAAGAAGACGACGUACGAGCUCAAAGGGCAUACGGAUACGAUCACCAGUCUGGCCAUUUCACCAGAUCAGCAGAGUUUACUGUCCUACUCGCAUGAUUCCACAGUAAGGACAUGGGAUGUCAGGCCUUUUGCACCAGCGGACAGGGCGAUCAGGACAUUCGACGGGGCGCAAGCUGGGUUGGAGAAGAACCUUAUUCGUGCGUGCUGGGAUGGCGAGGGUCGCAGAGUGGCUGCUGGAGGUGGCGAUGGGACAGUGACCAUUUGGAACAGUAAGGAUGGGAAGUUGAUGCACAAGUUGCCAGGGCACAAGGGCACUGUGAACGAUGUGCGGAUAUCGCCCGAUGGAUCAAUGGUGCUCUCUGCCAGUACAGAUCGCAGCUUGCUGCUAGGAGAAUUGCCUCGAUAGACAAUCCUACAAGUGAAGAUCCGAAGCGACCAAAAGCGGCAACACAGCGGACAUUUCUCGCUUCCUGCCAACGCAAGCCACGGCCCACCAUGUCCUCUGCCAGAAACACGCCUUUGCAGUCACGCAGCACGAGACAUGGCGAUUGUAGCUUGGCUGCAAUCAGAUCUCGCAAAGCGACGUUAAAGCUCCAGGCGCGAAUAGAGGAUGCACGAGUCAAGAUUCAUCAUUCAUCGCCUUCGCUCACGCAGAGUGUAUCGCUCAACAGAAUGCAAGGGAGCCAGACAACCGCGAAGAGCAAUGACUAUGUAAUUCGCAGACACUUGAGAUGUUUCAACGAGCUCGCAGAACGCAUAUGUAGAACCUGAUGGAACCAGCCGUGCCUACAGUCGAGCAAGUCUUCGAUCCCACCAAUCCUCUGUCUUCGUUGUCUGCUAUUGAUCAGACUUGAAGACAAAGCAAGA